AUGGCCGGCCCGUGGACCUUCACCUUCCUCUGUGGUUUACUGGCAGCCACCUUGGUCCGAGCCACCCUCAACCCCCCUGCGGUUCUCGACAUCGGCACAGAAAUCAUCAGAGACAAGCUGACACAGGAGCUGGAGGACAGCAAUGCCAUCGCCAUCCUCCAGCAGCUGCCACUGCACAGCACCAUACUGGAGAAGACAAGCGGGGUGCUGGGAAGCCUCAUCCGAGCUGCCCUGAAAAAUAUCAUGUGGCUGAAGGUCACCUCAGCUAGCAUCCUCCAGCUGCAGGUGCAAGCCUCGGCCAGCACCCAGGAGCUAGUCGUCAAGAUCCCCAUCGACCUGGUGGCUGGAUUCAAAACGCCCCUGAUCAGUACCAUUGUGCAGCUGCACCUGGAGACUGAGGCCCAGGCCACCAUCGGACUGCAGAGCGACGCCAGCGGCUCCACCCAGCUCGUCCUCAGCGACUGCAGCACCAGCUCAGAGAGCCUGAGCAUCACCCUGCUGCAGAGGGUCUCCUUCCUACUCAGCCCCUUAGCGAACACUGUCAUGAAGCUCCUGGUGCCAGCCCUGCCCACGCUGGUGGAAAGCGAGCUGUGUCCCGUGAUCGAGCAGGCCUUCAGUGACAUGUACGCAGAUCUCCUGGAGGUUAUCAGGGUGCCCGUUUCCCUUGGCUCUGACAGCCUGGAGUUUGAUGUUCUGUCUCCUGCCAUCGAGGACGAUUUCGUCCAGUUCAACCUCGAGGCCAGCCUGUUGGACUCAAACGGAAAAGCAAUCGAAUGGUUCAACAACUCUGAGGCUUCCCUGACGAUCCCCAGCCCAGAGAGCACCUCGUUCAGCCUCGUCGUGAGGCAGGACGUUGUGAAGGCUGCAGUGGUGGCCUUGCUCCCUACAGAAAAACUUGUGGUCCUGUUGGACUAUGAGCUUCCUGAACUGGCCAGUCAGCUGAAGGCAAUCAUCGAGGUGAUCAGUGAAGAGGCUGCAGAGCAGCUGGAGCCCACCCGCACUGUGAAGAUCGUGACUCAGAAUACCCCCGAGCUCCUCCUGAGCCAAGGCAGUGCCACCGUGGCCCAACAGAUUGUGCUGGACCUGUACCCCACCAAUGAAACCCGCCGCGCCUUCUUCACCUUGGGCAUCGAAGCCAGUUCGGAAGCUCAGUUUUACACCGAAGAUGACCGACUUUUGCUCAACUUGAAUGACAUCAGUUCCGAUCAGAUCUACCUGAUGAAUUGGGCUAUUGAAAGGUUCGAACCUGAAAUCCUGAGCAACAUCACCACUGAGAUCCUUGCCUCUGUCUUGCUGCCAAGCCAGAAUGACAAGUUAAGUUCCGGGAUCCAAGUGCUGUUGGUGAAGGCCUUGGGAUUCGAGGCGGCUUCGUGCGCCCUGACCGAUGAUUCCCUCGUGAUCACCCCAGCCUCCUCGUAGCAGCCCGGCUCUCCUCUCUCCCGGUGAAGACGUGGCCCGUGGCCAUCCAGGCCAGGCGGGGUCCCAGCUGGGAGUGUGGGCUGAGCUCUGUAGCCCGUCCCUCUCUGCAAUCA